AGUUUCCUCCUUUUCUCUUCUCUGUGUUUUCAUCAUCGGAAAGAUCCAAAACGCCACGGAUCAUCGAUGAUCCGUCGAAUACAACCUCGGUGCGAAUCGGGUUUGACUGGUUCAAUCUCCGCCGUCGAAGUCCUGAAGAAGAAAUUCUCGACGGAUGUUACGGUUCCUUCUCCGCUCACUCGCCGGCAAUUUUGCUCGGUGUCUCCGCUGAUUCGCAAUCUUCCAGAGGACGAAUCUGAUCCAACGAGUGUUCCACACCGUCUACUCUCAAUUCUCUCUAAACCCAAUUGGCAUAAAUGUCCGUCCUUGAAAUCAAUGGUUCCUGCGAUAAGCCCUUCUCACGUCUCUUCACUGUUCUCACUCGAUCUAGAUCCCAAAACAGCUCUUAAUUUCUCUCAUUGGAUCUCACAGAAUCCGAGAUACAAGCACAGUGUAUAUUCCUAUGCGUCCCUUCUUACUCUUCUCAUCAACAAUGGAUAUGUGGGUGUUGUGUUUAAGAUCAGGUUAUUGAUGAUUAAGAGCUGUGAUUCAGUGGCAGACAUUUUGUUUGUUUUGGAUUUGUGUAGGAAGAUGAAUAAAGACGAAAGCUUUGAGCUUAAGUAUAAGCUUAUUAUUGGGUGUUACAACACAUUGUUGAAUUCGUUGGCUAGAUUUGGAUUGGUCGAUGAAAUGAAGCAGGUUUAUUUGGAAAUGUUGGAGGAUAAGGUUUGUCCCAACAUUUACACAUAUAAUAAAAUGGUUAAUGGGUAUUGCAAGGUGGGUAAUGUGGAAGAGGCGAAUCAGUAUGUGAGUAAGAUAGUUGAGGCUGGGUUGGAUCCUGAUUUUUUCACAUAUACGUCUUUGAUUAUGGGCUAUUGUCAAAGGAAGGAUUUAGAUUCUGCUUUUAAGGUCUUUAAGGAGAUGCCUUUGAAGGGUUUUCGUAGAAAUGAGGUUGCUUACACUCACCUUAUACAUGGUCUUUGUGUAGAGAGAAGGAUCGAUGAAGCGAUGGACUUGUUUGUGAAAAUGAAGGAUGACGACUGUUAUCCAACAGUUCGUACUUAUACAGUUCUUAUAAAGGCUUUGUGUGGAUCAGAACGGAAGUCUGAAGCUCUUAACUUGGUUAAGGAGAUGGAAGAGAAAGGCAUUAAGCCGAAUACUCACACGUAUACCGUGUUAAUUGAUAGUUUAUGCAGUCAAUUUAAGCUCGAGAAAGCAAGAGAGUUGCUAGAUCAGAUGCUAGAGAAAGGGUUGAUGCCAAAUGUAAUCACUUACAAUGCAUUGAUUAAUGGGUAUUGUAAGCGGGGGAUGAUUGAAGAUGCGCUAGACGUUGUGGAGUUGAUGGAAUCACGUAACCUCAGUCCGAAUACACGCACGUACAAUGAGUUGAUAAAGGGGUAUUGUAAAAGGAAUGUGCACAAAGCAAUGGGAGUGCUUAAUAAAAUGCUGGAGCGUAAAGUGCUUCCAGAUGUGGUCACCUACAAUUCAUUAAUUGAUGAGCAGUGUAGAUCUGGUAAUUUUGAUAGUGCAUAUAGAUUACUUAGUUUGAUGAAUGAUAGAGGAUUAGUUCCAGACCAGUGGACAUAUACUAGUAUGAUAGAUUCUUUGUGUAAAAGCAAACGAGUGGAAGAAGCCUGCAACCUGUUUGAUUCUCUCGAGCAGAAAGGUGUAAAUCCAAAUGUGGUGAUGUACACUGCAUUGAUUGAUGGAUACUGCAAGGCGGGUAAAGUAGACGGAGCUCAUAUUAUGCUUGAGAAAAUGUUGAGUAAGAAUUGCUUGCCAAAUUCGUUGACUUUUAAUGCUCUGAUUCAUGGGUUAUGUACCGAUGGAAAAUUGAAAGAAGCAACGUUGUUGGAGGAAAAAAUGGUGAAGAUUGAUCUACAGCCUACAGUUAGUACAGAUACAAUAUUGAUUCAUAGAUUGCUAAAGGACGGGGAUUUUGAUCAUGCUUAUAGACGUUUUCAGCAAAUGUUGUCCUCUGGAACAAAGCCCGAUGCACAUACUUACACAACAUUUAUUCAAACCUAUUGUAGAGAAGGGAGACUGCAAGACGCUGAGGAUAUGGUGGCAAAGAUGAAAGAAAAUGGUGUUUCCCCAGAUUUGUUCACUUAUUCUUCUCUGAUUAAAGGUUAUGGAGAUCUAGGGCAGACAAAUUCCGCAUUUGAUGUCCUCAAGCGCAUGCGUGAUACUGGUUGUGAACCUUCUCCACAUACGUUUUUGUCUCUGAUCAAACAUCUGUUAGAGAUGAAAUAUGGAAAAGUGAAAGGCGGUGAACCAGGAGUCUGUGUGAUGUCUAAUAUGGUGGAGUUUGAUAUUGUUGUUGAGCUUCUUGAGAAGAUGGUUGAACAUGGUGUAACUCCCAACGCCAAAUCCUAUGAGCAACUGAUACUAGGGAUCUGUGAAACUGGGAAUCUCAGAGUUGCGGAAAAGGUGUUUGACCACAUGCAACAAAACGAAGGAAUAUCUCCUAGUGAGUUGGUUUUCAAUGCGCUACUUAGCUGUUGCUGCAAGCUGCAAAAGCAUAACGAAGCAGCAAAGUUUGUAGAUGAUAUGAUUUGUGUUGGUCACUUACCGCAACUAGAGUCUUGCAAAAUCUUGAUUUGCGGGUUAUAUAAGAAAGGAGAAAAAGAGAGAGGGACUUCGGUUUUCCAGAAUUUGGUUCAAUGUGGUUAUUAUAACGAUGAAUUAGCUUGGAAGAUCAUCAUUGAUGGCGUGGGGAAGCAGGGACUUGUAGAGGCAUUUUAUGAACUAUUCAACGUUAUGGAGAAAAAUGGCUGCAAGUUUAGCUCACAGACAUAUUCACUGCUAAUCGAAGGACCUCCUAGACAGACCAUGGCCGAGCCAAAACCGAAGCUUCAUGUUGCAGUGUUCCCAUGGUUAGCUUUAGGCCAUAUGAUUCCUUACUUGCAACUCUCAAAGCUCAUAGCAAGGAAAGGCCAUACCGUGUCCUUCAUCUCCACAGCUCGUAACAUUUCACGUCUUCCCAAUAUAUCCUCCGACCUUUCCGUAAAUUUCGUGUCUUUGCCGUUAAGUCACGCCGUCGACCACCUCCCAGAGAACGCUGAGGCCACCACUGAUGUCCCAGAGACUCACAUAGCUUAUCUCAAGAAAGCGUUUGAUGGGCUUUCUGAAGCUUUCUCAGAGUUUUUAGAAGCUUCCAAACCAAACUGGAUAGUGUAUGAUAUCUUGCACCAUUGGGUCCCACCUAUCGCUGAGAAGCUCGGCGUGAGACGAGCCAUUUUCUGCACGUUCAACGCAGCUUCCAUCGUCAUCAUCAGUGGGCCAGCAUUAAUCAUGAUUCAUGGUCAUGACCCUCGAAAGACUGCUGAAGAUCUUAUCGUGCCUCCACCAUGGGUCCCGUUUGAGACCAACAUAGUUUACCGUCUCUUUGAGGCUAGGAGGAUCAUGGAGUAUCCCACGGCAGGUGUAACCGGAGUCGAAUUGAACGAUAACUAUAGAUUGGGUUUAGCUUACGUUGGCUCUGAGGCUAUUGCGAUUAGAUCAUGUAUAGAACUCGAACCUGAGUGGAUUCAAUUGCUCAGUAAACUCCAAGGAAAGCCUGUGAUUCCAAUCGGUUUACUUCCGGCUACACCAAUGGAUGAUGCAGAUAACGAGGGAACAUGGUUAGACAUCAGAGAAUGGCUAGACAGACAGCAAGCAAAGUCUGUGGUUUAUGUAGCCUUAGGAACCGAAGUGACCGUUAGUAACGAAGAGAUUCACGGUUUAGCUCAUGGGUUGGAGCUUUGCGGGUUACCUUUCUUUUGGACGCUAAGGAAGAGGACCGGAGCUUCUAAGCUACUACCUGAUGGGUUCGAAGAGAGAGUCAAAGAGCAUGGAGUCAUUUGGACCAAGUGGGUACCUCAGACCAAGAUACUGAGCCAUGGUUCAGUUGGUGGGUUUGUUACUCAUUGUGGGUGGGGAUCAGCUGUGGAAGGGCUUAGCUUUGGUGUCCCUUUGAUAAUGUUUCCAUGUAACCUAGACCAGCCGCUAGUGGCUAGGUUUCUUUGUGGGAUGAAUAUAGGCUUGGAGAUUCCAAGGAAUGAGCGAGACGGGUUGUUCACGAGUGCUUCUGUGGCAGAGACAAUCAGACAAGUUGUUGUGGAAGAAGAAGGAAAGAUCUACAGAAACAAUGCUGCAUCUCAGCAAAAGAAAAUAUUCGGGAACAAGAGAUUGCAAGAUCAGUAUGCGGAUGGUUUUAUCGAGUUUCUGGAGAAUCCUAGAGUUGGGGUGUAUAGCAAAUAAUGAAGAAGUUUACUGUCUUCUCUGUCAACGUCAGCGAGAUGUGUAAUAAGAGUUGAGAAAAUAAGGCACAAUUAAUGUA